GUCACACGAGCUCAGUGUCACAGACAGACACCCAGAGCGACAGACAGACAGAGCUACAUACACACACACACACACACACACACACACACACACACGAUGAGCCAGCAGAACUCCGUGGACGCUGCGCCGCGGCUUCAACUCUUUAACUGCAGGCACGCGGACUGCAAAGCGACGUUCACGCGCAAGUGGCGUCUCGAGGAACACGAGAACAAACACACUGGAGCGCGGCCACACGAGUGUCCUGUGGAUGGAUGCGGGCGCCGGUUCUCGGGCAGGUCUCACCUGAGCAGGCACGCGCUCACACACAAAGGCAAACUCGUCAGAUGCUGUGAGCCGAGCUGCACUAAAGCCUUCUACAGCAGGGACAGGAUGAAGAAACACGUCUGGCACGUGCACGGGGACAAGGUGCGCUUUCAGUGCACCUUUCCUGGCUGCGUGAUGACGUUCCCGAAGCGGCGCUUGCGGAAGCUUCACCAGGUGUCUCAUGGCGAGACGUCAGGCUUCAGGUGCUUGAAGGUCGGCUGCAGUGCGACGUUCAGGACUCACAUCGCCCGAAAAGCUCAUGAGAAAACACACAGAGGUUAUUGCUGUCCUCACCCACAGUGUCCUGUAGUGGAACACACCUGGGGCAAGUUACUGAAACACUCAUCUAAACACCUCCCUUCACACACUUGCUCCACGUGUAAGAAGACGUUUGUGAAGCGUGACGCUCUGAGGAGACACAAGCGUACUCACGCUCUGCAGAAACCCGUGCUGUUGUGUCCCAGUGACGGCUGCCAGGCGUACUUCUCCACCACCUUCAACCUGCAGCACCACAUCCGCAAAGUCCACCUGAAGCUGCUGCGCCACUGCUGCUCCUUCCCCGGCUGUGACAAAGCCUUCGCCAUGAGGGAGAGUCUGAUCCGUCACCUGCUGCAUCAUGACCCUGACUCUGCGAAACCCAAGAGGAGGCAGAAGCGCAGCAAUAAGAGUUGGCAGAAGCGUCUGGAGGGUCGGAGACGUGGUUCCCUGGUGGAAGAUGACCUGCGGCGUCUCUUCGCUCUGCGUAUGCGAUUCUCUCGCCGCACCAAGCUGGAGGCCGACCUGUCAGGAUUAUUUAACGAGCGCAAAAUCCCACACCACGUCGACCCCGAGGUCAACCUGCGUGACCUCUUCAACAUCAAACCCCCUCAAAAGGUCAAAGGUUAAUGUGUGAUGACGCUCAGCGUUCAUGUAUAAAAUCAGCUUUGUUCAUAUAUUUGAGCCUCAGGAUGAAGGCCAUAAAAUAUUUUGUUUACUGAGAUGAAAAAUUUAAGUUAAACGUCAAGUCUUUAUUUUAUUAUAGUUUGCUUUGAUAAGUUAAAAAGAUGAAGUAAAAUACUUGGAUAAAGAAGCUCCAGGAUGAAGAUUUAAUUUAUUUCUCAUGUAUUUAAAGGAUCUGAACAUUUUUACUGCAUGUUUGAGAAAACUUGAUGCUUUAAGUCUCAUUUCUGUAAAUGCUUUUUGUGACCAAGUUAAUAAACGGACAGAAGCUUGAA